AUGACUCUCCCUUCCGAUCGAGUACAGCUGCUAUUUGAAAGACAGUUGGAGUUUUGAGUCAAAUUACGCACGCAGCUGUUAAAUCACUCAUGCUUUGGAGAUGCAACGGAAGUGGAGGGAUUGAUCUCUCAACUGCACACAGAGCUGGAAAAUGAUUGCAGCCCCAAUGAAUCCCCGAUAAACCGUAUUUCAAACGGUACAACAGUCACUCAAGAUUCGCCCAGUGGUCCAGUCCUCUCCAUUCCAGAAACAUGCCCGGUAAUGGACUCAAACUCCAUUAUCCCCAAAACAGCAUGUGCAGACGGUGACUUAUCCAGCUCACAAACACACUCCCUGGUAAAUGCUCAUAGAAUUGUCGCAAUAACCACCCAUGAAACAGAAAACAAAUCGAGCAGUACACUGAAUACAACUGCUUCAAAUGGUUCUCAUCAGUCUGCGACAGAUGUUUUUGACAAAUCUUAUUAUCAAGAUUCUCUUUUACCAGAAAAUAUGUCAGAUGCAUCAAAUGAUGAUCAAAAACUUAAUACAAUUUUGAUAGAUGCUAAUUACCUUGAUGAUCCAUUAUCUACAAAUAAGAUUCCAAAUAAAUUUGGUCACAAUAUUUCAGAAGAAUUAAACUUCGAACACCUCAUAUCAAGUGUCGUUCAGCCUCAAGACUUAGUCACUUUCAGUCAAUUCUCUGUUCAGUGCGAUAAAUAUGUCUUAAACAAAUUCAAGUUAAUUAUAACGUGGGCAUAUGAGGAUCCAACACUGUUUCGUGGGGGAGGAUGGACCUGGAAAACUUAA